AUGCAUUCACAAACGCUGACCAGCCUGUUUAACUUUAACGUGCCCACUGAAACUGGUUAUAUUAACCAGGAUUCCUCAAAGUUUGUGAUACAGCGUCUUUCCAAUAACAAUUACAGGAAAACAAGAUCGAUACUGACUGAUCCUUGGGAUGUAGACACGUCAAGAAGUUUUUACCCAAACAGCAUAGGAGUGGAUAUUUCAAAGAAUGACUACACAAUUACGUCGAUCACAAGGGAAGCAAUUUUGAACGUGACGGCACAAUUUCUACAAAGUCUACUGCCGAAUUCUACAGCAGUUUCUCUGGAAACACUAGACCCUUUGACAGAAAGUUCCUUGUUCAACGCAUACUAUGGAGGCGAGGUUUCAGCAAAGAAGUUUUCAGGAAAUGUCCUCUCCAUUGCAACAUCUGCUAUGAAAUUCUGUCGACUUGAGAACCGAGCGGCGCAUUUUUUCAGCGAGGAAAUUGCAGAUGGACUGGCGCUUCUGUUGUCCUUGAGGAUGGAUUUAGAACGAGUUCUGAGUAAGCCGUACAAUCUCACAAACUUUGAUGUCGUGCGGGAGCUUAUUGGAGCCGUGAUUUGUGUCCAGUCAUCGUUUUAUUCCAACACAAACUGGGUCGAAACUCACGGCAGCGACUUGUAUGAGGAUCUUGUCGGGCUAAGUGAAGCAGGUAAAUGUAGUCACGGCGGUAUGUACGAUUCCAGUAGAACGUUUGCCGCUACAGGUGGGAUCAACAAGGAGACAUCCAAUCCGUUAUUCUCCCCGCAUCACCAGCUUCAUGCUAUAGCCGGGCAAUCCGCAGUUAAAGCAGCUAUUAAUUUGUUCCAGGACCAAGACAAUGGAAUACUGGCUGUGAUGGGAGAUAAGAAAUUUAAAACGCUGCUUGGUCUCGGAACCGGGGUUACAUUAUGUGUUGUGAUGGACACCACAGGCAGCAUGUUGGACGACAUUAAUGCUGUGAAACAACAGACACAGAGCCUCGUGAACACGCGCGCGGGGACUGUCCAUCUUCCCGAAUCUUUCAUCUUUGUCCCAUUCGCAGACCCAGACAUCGGUCCAGUCCAAGAAGUGGCUAACGGGGCGGAGUUCCUACAGAUUCUCCAGGAUGUGGUACCACAUGGUGGAGGAGACUGCCCAGAACGGACUCUCGAGGGGAUCCUUCUUGGGCUGCAGGCCACCGCAGAGUUUUCAAAAGUUUUCAUUUUCACAGAUGCCAAUGCCAAAGACGGACAGCUGAUGGACAAGGUUAUAGCCACAGCCUUUUCCAAACAAAUCACUGGAGGAAACGUUUUCUAUUCGUCGAAGAGUGAUAUCAACGAGGCAAGUGGCGUACUCGACUUGCUGUCAGGAGGCGAUCAAGUCUCUCUGUUGAGGAUUACAACAAGUGGAAAAAGGGAUUACAAUAUUCCAGUGGAUGAGACUUUGCGGGAUUUUUCUGUGUUCAUCUCCUCGACAUCCGGUACAUACCUGCCCGGAAUGUCUCUGCUUACCCCAUCAGGUGCGUGA